GAUAUGCAGGGCAUGUUUUACUAUACGUUAUUUCCGUGAAUUUGAUGAUCGUUUUGCCGCUAACCAUGCUUGCCACACCCGCGGUGGGUGGCUUCAGUGGCGUCGGGAAGCCGCGCCGGAGCACCGGGCGAUUGCAGCGGCCAUGUGACUGCAGCUGUUUUCUUAGCUCUGGGAAUAGAAUAUUUUUCGCAGUUAUGCCGUGCGAUAUUUUCGGCCUGUUCCAAUACGAAACGAACAAACUAGUUAGAAUAAAGAGCGGCAGACUCGGAUCGCUUAAAUGGACUUUCAACACGGUCAUUUUUAUGUUUAUAUGCAUCAUGAUGUUCUGGAAUAAGGAAUAUCAAGAGCAUGACUUGGUGGUGAGCUCGGUGACCACCAAGGUAAAAGGGGUAGUGAUGGCACAGAGUCCGGACGUCGGAGCGAUGCUGUGGGACGUCGUGGACCAUAGCGGCAUCUUCAAGGAGAAAAACUCGUUUUUCGUGGUGACCAAUGUAAUAAUCACCAAGAGACAGAAACUGGGAACAUGUCCUGAGGUUCUGAGCAGUGGAAAGCGGUGUUUCACAGACAAAGACUGUGAGAAGGGUUACUGGGACCAACACAGUCAUGGGGUCCAGACGGGGGCCUGUGUUAAAUUCGACACCACGCAUAAGACCUGUGAGGUGUCCGCCUGGUGUCCCAUUGAGACCACAAAGAAACCGCCCAGGCCUGCCCUCUUCUUGGCAGCAGAGAACUUCACCGUACUCAUAAAGAACAAUAUCCGAUUCCCAGCCUUCAACUACUUCAAAAGGAACAUCCUACCAGAGAUGACAGAGACCUAUCUGAAGGGCUGUAUGUACAAUCGACAGAAAGACCCGCUGUGCCCCAUCUUCCGCCUGGGCGACAUUGUAAAAGAGGCUAAGGAGAAUUUCACAGAAAUGGCAGUGGAGGGAGGAAUAAUCGGGGUCAACAUAAAGUGGAACUGUGAUCUUGACCAGUUCUUUCGACACUGUCGGCCCGUGUACACCUUCCAGAGGCUUGAUGAGAAGCAAAGCAACCGCACUGUCUACCCUGGGCUCAGUUUCAGGUUUGCAAGGUAUUACAAUGAGAAUGGAGUGGAAACAAGGACACUUUAUAAAGUGUUUGGCAUCAGGUUUGAUGUUUUAGUGUAUGGAAUGGCAGGAAAGUUUAGCAUCAUUCAGCUGAUCAUUUACAUUGGAUCGACGCUUUCCUACUAUGCCGUGACCACUGUGUUUAUCGACUGGCUCAUCAGCACCAGUUGCUACGCAAAAGAGGCCCAGCAGGACUUCACGAAGAUGAAGGUUGAGUCUGUUGAGGCCAGAAAGCAGAAGUUGCUCUGCGUCUCCUUCGUGGAUGAGGAUCAUCUCAGGUUGGUGAAGCCAUCUCGUAAGAAACCAUUACAGAAGGUCAAAGCCGUGGCUACUCAUCCAAAGAAGGACAACGCAGCGAGAACAAGGGCCUUGGCAGCUGUGCUGCAGAUCCCCCCCAGGCAGAAAGCGGGCACAGAGCUGCAGGAAAUGCCUCAAUCGGACUGCCCGGCCUGGUGCCUGUGUGGCCGGUGCCGCCCCACCGAUAGCCUGCAGGAGCAGCUGUGCUGUCGGCAGAGCCGCGGAAGCUGCCUGACCACGUCGCCGCUUUUCGACCGCCUGCUGCUCAGCAGGGUCGUCCUGGAGUCAGUGCUGCUCUACCGGGAGCCGCUCCUCGACCUGUCUGAGGGGGGCGCCAUCCGCAACCUCCGGCACUGUGCAUACAGCCUCUACAUCGACUGGCGCCUGGAGGGCUUGCAGGAAGAUGCCAGCCCCAUCAUGCCCAGUUGCUGUGUGUGGCAAAUAAGGGACAGAUACCCCAGCAACGAUGGCCACUAUCGCGGUUUGCAGCCAGAGACCAGGGUGCUGAUUCACGGGGAAGAGAACUCAUGCCUUUAGGUGCCUAAGACACUGAGCAUUAGUUUGUUUUAGAGAUUAGCCAGAAUCUUCAAAAUAUUCUUCAUUGCAUUUCUCUAUACGCAAUUGAGAAUUUUGCAAAGGGAAAGAUUUCAGUCUUCUGUCUGCCUGUCGCUAUGUGGACUAACAAAAUACAAGGUGCCUUUUCUGUUUAACUGAACGCAUAGUUUUUCUUUUUAACUAAAUGUCUGUAUAUGUAUAAUAUAUCAAGGGCUGCUACAAUGCAUGGUGGGAAUGUGACAGAAUUUUUGUACUUCAAAAACUAAAAGUAUUUUUAUGCCUGUUGAGGUCAUGUGUUAAUUAUUUUUGCAGUUACAGUAUGUGCAUGCUCACCAGAUAGACACUACAUAGAUCUCUAACAUUAUUUACUGAGCUGUUCACUAAAAUGGGAAAAAUGGUGAAGUUUUAUGUUCAAGUCCCAUGAAAAAUCACAAGUAUAACAAACUUCCAUGCAUGCAAAAAUCAUCCUCUCUGAAAAAAAGUUUCUAUGUGACACAAAAUUAAUCAUUAAAAAAGGCCCCUGCUGAGACAGUGAGGCUUGGAUUUGG